CCACCACUAGAUCAUAUCUAGCAGCAGCACUAAACACCAGCAGCUAGAUCGAUCGGUCCCGGUCGAUAUGGCAACGUCGACUACUAGGGUUGUUAGGGGUAGCGGCGUCCUCGUGGCCAUCAUGGCCAUGGCCAUGGCCGUCGCGACGGCGACGAUGAUGACGAACGACGACACUGCAGCUGCUUGGAGCUUGGCCGUGGACUUCCACGCGCUGUCGUGCCCGGACCUGCACGGCAUGGUGCACUCCGCCGUGGCGGCGGCGCGUGGCCAGGACGUCCAGGUCACCGCCGGCCUCCUCCGCAUCUUCUUCCACGACUGCUUCCCGCAGGGGUGCGACGCCUCCAUCCUGCUCGACGGCUGGAACUCCGAGAAGAAGAUGAUACAGAACGAGGGCCUGCAGCAGAGGGCGCUCGACCUCAUCGAGAGCAUCCGCGACACGGUGCACAAGCGCUGCGGAGCCACCGUGUCGUGCGCCGACAUCCUCGCGCUCGCCACAGGCUACGCCGUCACCCUGGCCGGUGGUCCUUGGAUCUCCAUGCCCCUCGGCCGCCGCGACAGCCUGGAGCCGGCUCCGUUUUGGGCCGUCAACAACAGCCUCCCGCGUCCGGACGCCGACGUGAACACGCUCAUCGACAGGUUCCGCAGCAAGGGCCUGGGCGACCACGCCGACCUGGUGGCGCUCUCCGGCGCCCACACCGUCGGCAAGGCGCGCUGCAAAAACUUCAGAGACCGCAUCAGCCGUCCCAACGACGACUUCACCUGGAGGCUGGCCGGCUUCUGCGGCAACGACGGCAACCGGCAGCAGAACCUGGACGUCAUCACGCCGGACACCUUCGACAACAGGUACUUUGUGGACCUGCGAAACAGGCAGGGGGUGCUGACCACCGACCAGGGGAUCGCCAACGACGGCCGCACCAGCUGGCUCAUCAAAGGCUUCGCCGACAACCAGGCCUGGUUCUUCGGCCAGUUCGCGCAGUCCAUGGUGAAGCUCAGCCAGAUGAGGGGCGCCGGAGGAGGAGAGAUCCGCGGCAACUGCUUCAGGCGCAACGCCGGCGGCAUCAACCUGCACCAGACACAGACAGACGCCGCCGCCGCCGGAGACGACGAGGCCACUACUCUCGCGGCCUCAGCUUAAUUAGAUCAUAGAUGUAGUAGUAUUUGUGUUUGCUUAUUAUUACUAGUAUGUACUUCAAUGCAAUUUGGCAAUAAUAAUAAUAAGUAAACAAUGUCGUCCA